CUCCCCCGUUUUGGCUCGUCAACCUUCACGCGCGACAGACCACGAUGUGAACAUCGCACCAGCACUGCACGCCCGCCUUACUAACCGCAUUUUGUGAUUCCAAUGGAGUCGCCGCCCAAGCGAAUGACGCGCGCUCGCGCUGCGGCCAAGGCCUGCGAGUCGACGGCCAAGACGACCAAGAUUGUCACAGCCGCCGCCAAAGCAAAGACGGCAGGGACCGCAACAGCGAGCACGAAAAGCACCACUGCCAAGCGCAAGACGAGGGCCGACGAGCAUGACGAUGAUGCCGACCAUGACGAGACUGUCACGCGGCGAGCCGUUCGGGGGCGGCCUCGCAAAGGCCCCGAGGCCAAUGCCGCUGCGGAUGACGCUUCUGCACCGGCGCCUGUCCGGGCAGCGCGCGGAAGGCCACCCAAGAAGCCAUCCACCGAAACGUCCGACCGAGAUCAGGCCAGCACUGCUACCGCUGUUGUUGCCACCGCGCCGAGACCUCGUGGCCGCCCCAGGAAGACACCCGCCGCUCAAAGCGGCGACGCCGCACCUGCCCCCGCAGCAGAGCCGGCAAAGAAGACGACCCGCGUCCGCGCCCCUACAGCCACCAAGCCAACCGUGAAGAAGACGGUCAAGUUCGAAGAGCCAGACAAGGAAAACAUGGAGCCCGAGGUGGCAAAAGCCAGAGAGCCAACCACGGGCGGCAUGCGCGGCAGGCCCGCGCGCCGAGGAGGAGCUACCGCUGCCCGUACCACGCGGGCCGCUGCUGCAACGACGGCCUCUGAUGUUUCUCAGAAGAAGCCUCUUAGCCCGAAAAAGGUGACACAGAUGCCCAUGUCCAGGGACGACGACAGCUCAGAAGAUGAGCUUGCCACGGACAAGGUGCGUACGCCUGUCAGGCACCUUACGAAGAGCCCCAUGAAGCCAAAAACCACCACGGCUACUGUGCACAUCAAGGGGCCAGAGCCCUCCGGUGAUGGCCCCGAUGCGGAAGUCCAAGGCAGUACGGUGACGCUCAACGCCUCGGCUCUGGGCGCAUCACCACCACGACGGCCACCUUCGUCACCAUUCAAGGACUCUCUCAAGUCCCCCGCCAAGAGGAUAGGGACCGCCACUCUCCAUGGAUCUGCGCUGAAAUCUACAAAUCUUGGAGCCGGGCACCCAGGCCAGACACCCUCAUUCAAGUCAUCACUACUGCGCUCUGCUGCCAAGAGGCCGCAGUCGCCUAUAAAGGGCCUCACUCUGCCACCUGCGACCACGGUGACGGGUCAUCAGCCGCAAUCAGCCAUCAAGAAGACCAUGUUUCAGUCACCCGCCAAACGCGCGCUGCCUGGCUUCAGGCCACCAACAGACACGCGGUCGCAGGAGGAUGCCGCGCUGCUGGAUUCGCCAAAGAUGCAGCCUAUUGUCAUGGCGACCCCAACGCCCGCCACCAGACGCCGUCCCUCGGAGAAGCUGUUAGACGAAGAUGAAUGUCACGAAGAGCUGGAAGGCGACGACUGCGAAGCCGACCAUGCUGGACAUGCCAACGUGAUGUUUUCCGGCCGCCUCUCCGCCGUGGUUCCUCGUCACGCAGACCCGAGUUUGGACGAGGAAGUCGACAACCGCGACGAUGAGGACGAAGUUGAUCAAAUCGACUUCGUUGCCGAAGUGGCUGAGCCCGCCAGGCCCCUGUCACGCGACAAGGACAUGCUAUGGGCUUUCGAACAUCUCACGGCGAAGCGAGUUGACGACCCCAUGGCUUUGGAUGAAAUCGCCGCAGGCAUGGAAGACUCAAUGGAGCUUCCGCAGCGGCGCGAAGAGGAAGCGGAAGGACAGCAGACCCCGGAGGGAGACGACGAAAGGGGAGAAGCUCAGGAGCCACUCGCAUCGGACAAGGCUACGAGCGCCAAGUAUCAGUUGCGCCAGAAAGACCAGGAUCCAUGCUACGACAUCAAUUUCGAGUCGGACUCGGAGGGUGAGACAACUGUGUCGAUCAAGGACCAUCUCCCCACGCCGUCCAGGUCAGCGAAGGGUUCCCGGGACUCCCGCAGGUCCACCAUGGGCCUCACCUCCCUGGCUGAACAGUUCGGCUCCUGGUCCGCGGCCAGUCCCAUCAAGGCAGACCAGAUCGCGGACGUAGCGUCGGCGGACGUCUACGAGGAUCUUGACGGACAUCAGGAGACGGCUGCGAGUGUCACGGGAGAACCAGAGCCUUCUGUCAAGAGUACGUUUUUCGAAGACGAAAUGGCGGCUCAUGUCGGCGAAGCACAGGCUGUAGUACCGCCCACGACUGCGAAUAAGAGUCUCGAUGACGGUGAGUCUGAGGAGCUUUGCAUGGACAACAUCAUGAUCACGGAGGAAGACGCCGCUCUCGCUCAGGAGGCGAACGAUUUGUCAGUUUUGGAGCCGGACCGCGUUGAGCAAGCCGUCAACGGCGGUUCAUUCGACGACAGCGUGUCCGAGGCGAGUCAAGAGUAUGGAGACGAAAACGAGGUGCCUGUCGACCCGGCCCUUGAGAGCAAUGCCCCUGCAGGUCCCGUCACUCCCAUGCGGCCCCCGCAGCACAGGGCCUUUUUCACCACCACCAAGGUGCCCCUGAAGCCUGCGGACAACUCCACCCCAAGCCCGCUGAAGCAGCGCAGUAUGAGCGCCUCACGCGCUAGUUCUAGGCGGCCUGCCGCCCUGCCUCGCAGCGCGACCGUCAUCUCGUAUUCGCCGACCAAGGAGAGGCGGCGGACUUCAGUGGCAGCAGCGAGCCCGUCCAAGGCGGACAUGUGGUCGAGUAUCGGCACGCCGGCUCGCACUCCGCGGCGGGACCUGGACCCGGCCCUCCUCCGAGGUGCCGUCGUCUUCGUCGACGUACAUACGACCGAGGGCGCUGAUGCAAGCGGCAUAUUCGUCGAGCUUCUGAGCCAGAUGGGUGCCCGGUGCAUCAAGUCGUGGCACUGGAACCCCAGCGGCGAGUCUUGCUCGUCAGCCAGGGUUGGAAUCACGCACGUCGUCUACAAGGACGGGGGCAAGCGCACGCUCGAGAAGGUCCGCGAGUCUAACGGGAUCGUGCACUGCGUCGGAGUGAGCUGGGUUCUCGAUUGUGAGCGCGAGAAUAGGUGGCUCGACGAGGCGCCGUAUUGCAUCGACACGAGUCACAUUCCUCGCGGUGGUGCCCGCCGCCGCAAGAGCAUGGAGCCAAAGGCGCUGGCAAACCUCAACGGCACCAUCGUGGGCGGUUCGUCGAGGACGUCGCACCCGCCCAACACACCCAAGAACCGACGCGACAGCUCCUUGUGGAUGCACUCCCCGUCAGACCAGGAUGGGCAGGAGGACCGCGACCACGAUGACGACGACGACGACCUCGAGUGGUCGUGUGUCCUGUUGACGCCGGUGCCGAAGACGCCAGCACCAGAGGCCGUCGCCCGGUACGCCGCAGAGCUGCCAGAGACGCCGCAGGGCGACGACAGCGAUGACGAAGCGGAGGAGCCGUCGCCAACGAGACAGGCCCAUCUGACGCGCACGUGUCCGCCAAAGGCGAACCCGUAUCGCGAGAUGGGCGCGGGGAUUCUCAGCAGAGACAAGGACGAGAACGUGCUGCAGAGGCUCAUGGCCGCCAGGCGCAAGAGCCUGCAGUUUGCUCCCAAGAUUGGCAGUCCGCUUUCCAAGACGUGGGAAUAGGUCGGCGACCAUGAGGUUGUGGGAAGGCGGACCCUCGUGCUCUCUAUGUUGAUUCUAGGGGUUUUCCUGGGACUGGAUUGCCAUGCCAUGGGCGCGCUCUCACUCAGAAGACGGUUUGUGUGGAUAAUUGGUAUUGGUACUGGCUGGAUUCAUGCACUUCGCGGCGUUGGGGCUGAGGAUUGUAGAGUUUGUCUAUUUGAGUACUUUCUCCCUCCGCACAUAAAUUGAUGGCGAGAUGAACAUGGUUG